AUGUCUGCAUUUGAAGUCUAUGGAGGGACACUACCCGAUGAGCCUAUCUGGGCCGCGGAGCCGCUUGUCAACAGUUCCGCCAUAGAUGGACUUGGUCUCACCGCGCCGGCCACAUCAACACGGAUAUCCUUGCCGGAGCGCUUGCGACAGCUUUCGCGGUUCGCAGCGACGUCGCCUGGGCUUGUUUAUAUGGAACGCGACACAGAAGAUACUAUUCACCGGCAUCUUGACGUGGUAGAGAACAUGCUGCGCGACCCGCGGCCGGAGCUGACACAAGAGAUUGGAAAGUAUCGGCGGCGGAAUUCCGAUACAAGGUCAAUUGCGUCCGAUGCAUCGGAUGCGACUGUGACAACAUCAUCAGCUCAUGGUCCCGACGACGGGUUUAACCAUGACCAAAUCCUAGCUCAGCUCACGACACUUUUGGGCGAGGUGACCGCAUUGAAUAGCGAGUUAGACCGACGCCGCCAAGAAUCCAUUGAGAUUCGGGAUCUUUUCGAGGAGAAAUGUCGCGGGUUAACACGAACAGUCGCUGAACUAGAAGGCGAAAUGCUCGAGCUACAAGCAGACUUGGUCGAGGAUGCUGUUGAACUGGAAGGAAUUCAAGGAACUGUUCACGGGCUGCAUGACUGGAUAGACAAUGUUUGCAAAAAUCAGAAAAUAAAUCAAAUUUCCCGACACACGACGCGCCAAACAUCUCGACGGAGGUGGAGGCGCGAAGAGGAGCAUGAAACCUCGGCUGACACAGAUUGGGAAUUGAUGCUAGAAGGUCUCAGUGCAUGGAUGCGUGGGUGGAGAGAUGUGGAAGAGGGCUUCCAGGUCCGAGCGCGGGCACGGAAAACCCGCAGGGAACGAAGACAAGAACAGUUGGCGAGGUCAGGAUAG